UUCAGGCUACUGCUGCUUCUUCAACCCUCGUCGUCCGCCAUUUCUCUCCAUCUUUCUUCCCCUCGCUUUGGUUGCCGGCCCGCAUCCUGCUGCUGUGGUAUCGCCCUUUCGGACGCAAGCAUUCCUGUGCUCAUGUGCGUUUCCUGAGCCGCUCGGUGAGCGAAUCGGUGUGGAGUCGUCGACGUGCCGCGGGUUGGGUAUCUAAGGGUGAAUCUGACGCUGUUGGAGUCCUAGUGUGGUGGAGAUUCGGAGCCUCCGGGUUUGGUUUGGGAGGUCUGUUUUUCCGGUUUCUGUGAGUUGAUUUCGUGUAUUUUGUUUCGAGGACGGCUCCUGAGAACGCUUGUUGUUUUAUUUGGGAGGUUAUACGAGGGUUUCGGGUAGGAUCUUUUCCGUGGAGAAAUUUGAAUUUAUUUGAUUUCGUCAGUGGAGAUUGGAUAGUAAGAGGGGGAGGUUAGUGGUUGCUCAGGGAGGGUGUGAGGAAGAAGAAGUGAAGAGCAAGGUGGUGGCAUACUCUUUUAUGUCUGAAAUCAGCUGCUUCUACCUGGGGUCAGUUUGGCUCUUGGGAGAAUAUUCCCUGCGUUCACGGCAAAUCAGAAGCUCCUUUCGGUCCGUAUCUCCUCCUGGCGUGGUGGAGUGGGGGGGGGGGUUGUGCUACGUGUGUGGGGUCUUGAAAUUCAUACACAAGUGUUUCAUCCGAGUGCUGAUCUUCUAUGUGCUGGAGUUACAGUCAUCUAUUUCUUCCUACAGUUAGGAUUGACUUAAGUGUACUAAAUUUGUGAAGAGUUUUAAUGCGUUGCAAAUGUUUGUGGGAUUGUAGGAUUAUGAGGAUGCUAAGAAGUUUUGCAAUAAGAAAUUGGUGCAUUUGACAUGAUCGAUGAUGAAAGAAUAUUGUUUUUAAAGAAUUUUUGUGGAGAAAAGUAGUUUGUUGUAUUGAUAUUAUAUGGGUUUUUUGAAGGCGAUUAAUAUUUGAUUUUGAUAAAUAGCAUAUUAUAAUGGAAUGUUGUUUUUGGUUAUAUAUAUAUUUUUUGUGGUUGUAAUAAGAUAUUAGGGUUGUUAUUGUAAUUUUUCCAUUUCAUUUAUUAGGUUUUGUAGUAUUAUAAUUGAUUUCUUAAUUUUGGGAUGAUGGCAGAAGUUUUUACUUAAAAGAUAAGAUUUUAAAACCUUUUUAAUAAUAAUUUAUCAACAUGUUUAAUUUCUUAAUAAUGUGAUUACAUAUCUAAUUUGUUAUUUUUUCUCUUAUUACGAUGUUUUGUUGUUUUUCAACCAAGAUCGUGAUGGAUUUAAGAAUGCUCAAAAGAAAUAGUAUUAUUAUUAAAAAACUUGUACGUAGAAAAAAAACGAGUUCAUUAGAUUAUUGUUGAGUGAAUUUAUACAGGUGGAUUAUUUAAUUUGAUUUUGGUUUGUGGAAUAUUAUGUUAGGAAGUCUUUGGCUAAUAUUAAACUUUUUUUUAUUGUAUUAGGUAUUGCCUUUGUAAUUAUAAUCUCAAAGUUUAUGGAUCCAUUUCAAUUAUUUGGCUAUGUGGUUAUUUAAUUGGUUUAAUACUUUGGAGGUUUUACAUGAGAUAAAUAAUGUAACAAGUAAUGUAGAGAUUUUAAAGAUUAUUUGGUGAGUAUUUUGAGAAAUGCAAUUGUUCUACACUAUGAUUGAAGUCUUAAUUCAUUGUUCAGAAUGUUAAUUGUAAAUAACUUGUAAUAUUGCAAAUGUUGUAAAAGAAGAUUAUGGUUGUAUUCAUUAGAAUUUAUCAUAGCGAAUAAUAUAUACAUGGAGUAAAGCUAAUAUAUUGUGUUGGUUGUGUAGUUGUAGGGACACAUUUAGAUAAUUGUUUAUUACAAUAUGACAAACCUUUUGGAAUUAUUUACGAAGUGUUUGUUUAUGGUUUGGAGAUUUUUGAAGGAUUUUCAAAAGGGUCUAUUUUUUAAAAAUUUGAAUCAUUAUGAUAGUCAUAUUGAAGUAAUAGGCACUUCUACAAAGAGGCAAGAGAUUAAUAGAGACAUUUGGAGACAAUGUGAAAUUUAUGUUGGAGAGAUGAAGAAUAUGUUGAAGAAAAAAGAUAUAUUGAAUAGAAAUCAAUGUACAAGCAUCUGCAAGAAACUUUUUAUUGUUAUGGAUAUAUUUCGACAUCUAGUAACUCAUAGCAACAAAGAUUUGGAGUGUGGACUUAUAUUUUGUGAGUUAUUUCUUUUAGUGAAGAAAAUUGGCUUAUUGGUAAAGAAUUGUGAAGAAAGUAAUUGGUGCCAAGUAGCUAUCUUCCAAAUGAAUAAUAAAGAGACUUUUCGAGAAUUGCUUAUGGAUUUAAAGUGUUGCUAUGAUGUAGUAAUUGAAAUACUUUUGAACCAAAAUCCAAAAGAAUUUGAAGGUUUCUCAUUUGCUAUCUUUGAUGUUGCCACCUUUGAUGAAGUGGAAGGUGAUGAAAAAAGCUUGUGUGACAAGUUGAAUCAUGCAAUUGGAGAUGAUAACUUUGAACACUUUGGAUUAGCAAAUUAUUUAUUGCAAAGAUUGAAGGAUUUAUGCAACAUAGAAGGUAGAGAAUUGGACAUAAUGGAACUUUCAAUGGAUAUGAAACCUUUGCAAAUCAUGUAAUGCUUAGGUAAAGGAAGUUUUGGAAUAGUUUUUAAAUCUAAGUGGUGGGGACUUUUGAGUGCAACUAAAAAGUUGAAUGUUGCUUACAAUAAAUUUUUUAUCAAAGAAGUGAGCAUUCUAGCUAGUCUAAGCCAUCCCAACAUAAUCAAAUAUUUCUUUGCUAUUAAUCCCAAAAAUAAUGAAAAUAGACAAAUAGAUGAAGAACAUGAUAUAAAUAAAGAAUUAUAUUUGGGAAUGGAAUUGAUGGAAACAAGCUUAGGUGAUAUGUUAAAAGAAAAAAAAUCAAUGUCAUUUAUAUUUAGUUUUGAUAUUAUUUAUCAAAUUGCUAAAGGCAUGUGCUAUUUGCAUGACAUGCAAAUUGCACAUCGAGAUCUAAAGCCUGAAAAUAUAUUAGUCAAUAUUAUAAAGGAUAAAGUAUUAAAUAAUGUUGUUCAACAUACUACAAUAAAAUUGAUAGAUUUUGGCAUGUCUAAGGUGAAUGUUGGAAGGCAUCCAAAAGUUAGUGAAAAUAAUAAUGCCUAUGGUAGUAUACAAUACAUGGCUCCAGAGGCAUUAAGAAAUACAUUUGAAAGCACAAAGAUGUGUCUUUAUGAAGCAGAUGUUUUUUCAUUUGCAAUGGUGUGUUCUAAGAUUCUUUCAAAAAAAGAUCCAUUUGAUGGUGUUUUCUUGAAAAGAGAUAUAUUGGAAAGAAUACAAAAAGGUAAAAGACCAUAGCUUCCUUCAAAUUGUGAUGAAUUGAACAAGCUUAUCCAAGAGUGUUGGAAUUGGAAUCCUUCACAACGCCCAAACUUUGCAAUUAUUUGUGAAAGACUCAUCAGAUUAAAGAAGAAGAUUCUAAUUGGACAAUGUUUAAAUAAACUAUCGUCUUUUGGUGGAACUUGGAACAAUAUGAAUCAAAAUAUACAUUGGAAAGAACCCUAUAAUAGAUUACAAAUAGUAAGGCUCUUGUAAAUACUCUUGUAAAUACAUAACAAGUAUAGAUUUGAUUUGAUUAUUUUAAUAUAAUUUUUAUAUAAAUUAAAUAUGCCAUAUUGAUAAUUAAUUGUUAGAAAAUAUUUAAUUGUUUGCUUCAAAUUUGACUAGAAUGGAACCUAUAUAAAUUUUGAAGUCAUUCAAUUUUGUAUUUUUAUUUACAUGCAGGUUGACAUGUCUAAAGAAAAUUUAUUAGGUAGAAAACAAUAUUUACUCCAAAUAAGACAACUAUGUUUCAAAAAUAUAAAGGUAAUAUGCCUUGUUGGCAUGGGUGGAAUAUGCAAGACCACAAUAGCAAAGGCUACAUUUAUUGAUAUAAAACACAUGUAUGAUGCUUCAUGUUUUGUUGAAAUUGCGCAAAAUAAUGGCGAUAGCUAUUCAAUCUCUUGCAACAUAUUAAAACAAUUCAAAUUUGAAGAAAAACCAAAAGAUUUAAAUGAAGCACAAGAAAUAUUAAAAUCAUUCUUCAUUAAAAACAAGAUCAUUUUGGUCCUUGAUGAUGUGAAGGAUCAAAGUCAAAUUGAAGUUAUACCUAUGGAUGUUAUAAGUACUAGUAAUGGGAAAUCAAUAGAAGAAUAUUCUAUGAUGAUUUACAAAAUAAAUAUUGAAGAACUUGAUGAAGUUUCAAGUAUAGAGUUGUUCAAUAGUUAUUCAUGGAGACACCAAGAAAAGUUGGAUAAUGAAUUUGUUGAGGUGGGCACAAAAAUUGUAAAAGCUUGUAAUGGCUUGGCUUUAAGUUUAAAAGUAAUGGGUGCAUUUUUGAGGGGACAAAAAAGAUUGAGAUAUUGGGAGCAAGCUUUACAAAGGUUAAAAAGAAGAAGAGAUUUGGAUGGAGAUGAAAAUGAUAGCGACUAUAAGAUUUGGAACAUCUUAAGAAUAAGCUUUGAUAAUUUAAAAGAUAUUGAAAAAAAAAUAUUUUUGGACAUAUGUUGUUUUUUUUGUAAUGAUGUAUAUCCACAAGGCAUGAAAAAAAAAAGAGCAUUACAAAUAUGGGCUAAAAACAAAGAAGAAGAAGAAUUGGAAGAAGAUAUGGAUUGUAUAUUAAAUACAUUGAUUCAAAAGUCAUUGGUAAAGAUAGAUAAUAAAGGGAUUUUAAGUAUACAUGAUCAACUACGAGAUAUGGGUCGUAUGAUUGUUGAAGUUGAAGCAAAAUAUAAAAGUACACGAAUUUGGAAUAUGAAUAAACAACCAAUUCACAAAUCAUCAAAUCAGGUAUCAAAUAUUGAUCUCAUUUAAAUAAU